CGGUUUUCUUGCGUUGGUGCGAGUCCCCCUUACGUGGGUCCCUAUUGCAGUGAAGAUCCAGUAGUUGGAGUUCUAAACCUAGCCCAAGAGAGGGAGCGCAAGGAGUGAGCUAACAGAACUAGAAACUAUAGGUGCAUUUUUACUCUAUCGAACAUCGCUUUUGAAAGACUGUCACUUUUACUGCCCUGGAGCCAUCUUUAGCCUUUUUAGUACAACACCCUCGAUCCCCGUCUGAAAACUCACACACGGUCGUGUCAGCUGGCAUGAGCUAACCCACCAGACAUGGAAACCAAACCUUUCAUGUCAUUGGAAUCUACAAUCCUGCCUAUGGGAUGGUUCCUGAAGCCCCAGUGCUCGCUGGCUCCGCCCCCCCAGCGAGGACGCUCGGGGGAGGCCUGCUCCUGUUUCACCGGCAUGUGUCACCUCCACCACCCCCGGAUAUCUACAGGUAACACUCAACGCCAUCUCCACAUCCCCUCGCCAUCUUCCCCGUCAUGGCAGACUCCGCACCUGGGAAGACACCUGUAUCAAAUAAAUUCAUCAGGUCAGGUGACCUCAUCUCCACUGAGCUCUCCCACGUCCCACCGGGGCAUGCACCCAUCCCUGCUCAACCCGUCCUCCAUGGGGCCCUCAGGCUCCUUGCACUCUCCCAUCAGCAGCCUGAGUUCUCCCAUGAAUGGCCUGGGCUCGCCCUUUUCUGUCAUCAACUCCCCCAUGGGCCCACACUCCAUGUCCUCGCCCGGCAUGGGCUACGGCCCCAGUGUCAGCCCCCAGCUGAACUCCCAGAUGAACUCCGUCAGCAGCUCGGAGGACAUCAAACCCCCGCUGGGUCUCAACGGGGUGAUGAAGGUGCCCGCCCAGCCCUCGCCGGGGUGCAUGCCUCUCUCCCUCACCAAACACAUCUGUGCCAUCUGCGGAGACCGCUCCUCAGGUAAACAUUAUGGAGUGUACAGCUGUGAGGGCUGUAAAGGCUUCUUCAAGAGGACAGUGCGGAAGGACCUGACCUAUACCUGCCGCGACAACAAGGACUGUCUGAUCGACAAGCGCCAGCGCAACCGCUGCCAGUAUUGUCGCUACCAGAAGUGUCUGGCCUGUGGAAUGAAGAGAGAAGUUUUGUUACACACAGCCGUCCAGGAGGAGCGCCAGCGGGCCAAAGAGCGCAGCGAGAACGAGGUGGAGUCCACCAGUGGCGUCAACGAGGACAUGCCCGUGGAGAAGGUCCUGGAGGCCGAGCUCGCUGUGGAACCCAAGACAGAGACCUACACCGAGACCAACCUGGGCAUGCCAUCCAACUCGCCCAACGACCCGGUGACUAACAUCUGCCAAGCAGCCGACAAGCAGCUCUUUACACUGGUGGAGUGGGCCAAGAGGAUCCCCCACUUCUCUGAGCUGCCCCUGGACGACCAGGUCAUCCUCCUACGAGCAGGGUGGAAUGAGCUCCUCAUCGCAUCCUUUUCACACCGUUCGAUAACGGUGAAAGAUGGGAUCCUCCUGGCAACAGGGCUACACGUCCAUCGUAACAGCGCCCACAGUGCUGGAGUGGGAGCCAUCUUUGACAGAGUGCUCACAGAACUGGUGUCCAAGAUGAGAGACAUGCAGAUGGAUAAGACAGAGCUGGGGUGCCUUCGAGCCAUUGUCCUCUUCAACCCAGAUUCUAAAGGCUUGUCAAACCCAGGCGAGGUGGAGGCUUUGAGAGAGAAGGUCUACGCCUCUCUGGAGGCCUACUGCAAACAGAAAUACCCAGAUCAGCCUGGCAGGUUUGCCAAGCUGUUGCUGCGGUUACCAGCCCUGCGUUCCAUUGGUCUGAAGUGUCUGGAGCACCUGUUCUUUUUCAAGCUCAUCGGGGACACGCCCAUCGACACCUUCCUCAUGGAGAUGCUAGAGGCGCCCCACCAAAUGACAUAACUGCAGGCGGGGCGUCUCCCGUGUUCCCCUCGCCCCAUCCGCCUCUAACCCCUCUGGAUACGGAGGGUGGUCCUGCAAACCACUCCCCCCCUCGAGAGAUUAUGUGACAUCAUUGGAUCUAGAGAAGUCCCCAUCUUUGAUGUGUUUCAAAAAACAAGUUCAAUGUCCAUGGGUCUGGUUUAUACAGUGUAUAUAUAUAAAUAUAUAUAUAUAUAUAUAAAUAUAUAUAUAAAUAUAUAUAUGAACUCAUGAGAUGAAUUGAAAGACAACAAUGGACUGGUGAUGAAACGGACCAGGGGGAAAGGAAGUGUUUUGUAAUGUAAAACAACAACCAAGAAGAUCAGGUGUUGAAGGUAGGUCUGUUUGCAGGUGUAUUUUGAAUUGUGGCGGUUUCAUCAGCAGCGUAGGUUUUGGGAGAAUCGUGUUUUGGACUUGUUGAAGAGAGCCGGGACUGCAUGGGCUCUCCCUGGCUCUGUUCGGAAGCGUCUCACUUUCAGGACUAACUUAAGGGAGAUUGGUCCGUUUGCAGGGGGGAGGAACGAGGCACGGUCUUGUCCGGUCCAAUUCGUUCAGGUGCUGUGGAGUUUAAUCCGGUCAUGUCCGGUUGGGUCUGUUUUGAGGUGUACUGUAUGUGUUUUGGGAGAGAAGGACUCAAGAGGUGGGAACAUGCAGAUGAACAGUGCUCCACUCAGGUCCCAUAAACCCAAACUCAGCCACUUCUCCAUGUCUCCUUAUUCUAUUAGCACUGUGUGAACAUGAGAGGAGGGAUGCUACGUCGCUACGUCGCUACAUCGGUCCAGUUUUCAGAGGAUCAGAUAGCUUUAGUGACUGAUUGGAGUGAACGCCUGCAGUGUGGCCUCUUAGGCCCAGAGCUGGGUGACCUUCAUGUGGCCUGAAAAAGCUUAUCUCUGGCACUACUCAUUCUGUUGUACUGUACUGACAUUAGGGGCAGUGUGAAUCUGGAUUCACCCUCACAUAAGCACUAUACUACAUGUGCAUUGCUGUGUGCUCUGAAAGGUUGGCACAGGAAGGCAAGGAAAGCAAACGGAUGAGUUCUCAUCGCUUUACGACAAGCAUUGUUCCUUUUUCCUGUUAAGGUGACAGCAAAAUUACGAAGAACAGGACAAAUGGUUUGUAGGGAAAUACUGUCAACUGAACGUUUUAAAGUGAUGCCACGACUUUGUCAUGUCAUGUGUCCCUACACCUCUGAGACCAUUCGUUUCUGCUCCUUCUGUGAAUUACAACACACCAUAAUCAACCUCCACACAGCAACCAAGCAUGCUGUUCCUCACAGUGUAACCUAGCUUUAGAAUGGCCUUUGACCUGUACAGGAUAUUUCAAAAGUAUUGAUGGUAUUUGUAAAAAAAUAUAUAUAUUUUGCAAAAUUUGCAAUUACCUCUGUUUUCAUCCCUCAAACUCUCAGUUCUCUACACCCC